AUGCAGUUCAAACUUUCACUUUCAUCCGUUCUCGCCAUCAUCGCUGCUACUGCUGUCGCGGUCAAUGCUGCCCCUGCAGUGAAGGGUAGAAACGUUCUUGACGUUUGGAGUCCAAGGAUUAUCUCACCCGAUGCUACGACCGUUUGGUUAUCUGGUUCUACUGUCAAUGUUACUUGGGAUACUUCCGAUGCUCCUGUGCUCAUUAGCAAUGCGGCUGCUAUCACUUUGAACAAAGAUGAUCGGAUUGCGAGUGAGGGAUUCCUUAAAGAAUUUGGUAGCUUCAGCCUACUUGAUGGGUCCGCGGAAGUUACUGUGCCCGCCACUGUUAAGCCCGGAAAGAAUUAUUCCAUUACUUUGUUUGGCGAUUCUGGCAACAGCAGUCCCCAUUUCCAGAUCACGGCGGCUUGAAAUGAGCUAUCGUAGGC